AAAAGGAUUAAAGGUAUUACUGAAAACUUAUAUUAAUGGAGUGUAAUUUUUCACGUAAAUCAGAAAUUGAGAAGCUAUAAUGAAUAAAAUUACAAUUUGAUCUUUACUGUAUAUUGUACUAAAAUAAGAACAACAAAGAUAGGCUACGUUGUGAAAUAUGUCUGCCAUUAAGAAACUUAAUCUAAAUUUUAAUUUUCACUGGACAUUCUUUAGAGAAAGAAAUGUACUACCGAAAAAAGAUUUAUCAUUCAGAAUCGUCCAAAUAUUCGUCGCCGAAUUCUUGGGGACGUUGAUACUCGUAUUCUGGGGUUGUAAUACGCUCGGACAAAUAAAUAGUGGAGAGCCUGUAGUAACAUGUUGGUUAUGGGGAAAUAUGGUCUUUCUUGCCAUUACGAUUAUUGGACCUAUCUCGAAUUGCCACAUCAAUCCUGCAGUCACAGUUUCUUUUUUUAUUUAUGGAUACGUUUCGGUCGUUGUGGGCAUAGUGUAUAUCAUAGCACAACUCCUGGGUGCAAUAGCUGGUUAUAUAUUGCUAAUGGCUUUUGGCACUGAUGAUUUCCUGGAUCCUUUCGGAUACGAAAGGAGUGAUGAUUUCUGCGUCAACAAGAUCAACACAGACACACCAUUCAGGGCAAUGGUUUUAGAAGGAGUUGGUACCGCUCUUCUGUGUUUCCUAAUCGGGAGGGUUUGUAACCCUCUCAAUCCAAAAGGGCUGACGAGCAUAUCUUUUAUAUUCAGUUUCGCCAUUAUGAUUCUCGCUUUCACCUUGGGUCCAAUCACGUCUGCCUCUGUAAACCCAGCCAGAUCUUUCGGCCCAGCGGUCGUCACUGGACAAUUUAAAGACCAUUGGGUAUUUUGGGUAGGACCUAUAUUGGGUGCAUUAGUUUCAAGUUUUACAUAUCAUAUAUUUUUCCUCCCAAAAGUAAACUAUAUUGAUGAUGGUACAGUUGAAGCAGCUGAUUGAUUAAUAUUAAUAUGAAGCAAAUGGAUGUUGUAUAUAUGUUUCAUCUUUUUUUUUUUUUUUUUUUGUACUUCUUUUAUUAUUUAUUGAUGCUUGAAAUAAAUUUAUGAAAUCAUUU